AUGCAUCCUCAAGUUUACCCGACUGAAGCCGUGCCAUUGCAGGGUGUGAAUUAUGGCGGACUCCCUGGUCAGCCUGGGGUGGUCCAGCACACUGCUGUGAACAUCACAAGAGGGCAACCAGUCAUCACAGAGGCCCCCAAAGACUAUAUUAUCUGGUCGCUCUGCUGCUUUGUCUACUCAAAUCCUUUUUGCCUUGGACUUGCAGCUCUCAUUUAUUCCAUCAAGGCCAGAGACAGGAAGGUGGUUGGAGAUGUGGACGGUGCACGGCAUUAUGGUUCCACUGCUCGCAGUCUCAACAUUGCAGCCACAAUCAUAGGUGCCAUUGGGUUCUUCAUUUUCAUUAUUACAAUCAGUGUUAUUACGACUCAAGCAGCUUCCUAUUACAGGUACAACUAUCGAUAUUAA